AACACAAACACAUACACUGACAAUUUGACAAGAUAGAGAUGGAGGUUGUUUCUGCUGCUCCUACCAACGGAAAACAUCCACCGUCUGCCUCUCAACCUCCUUCAAAUCCGCCGCCGGUGAGCCUAUUUUGGAGAAUAACCGCCGUCGCUUCAAUCGGCGCCGGAGUACAAUUCGGUUGGGCCCUCCAAUUCUCCCUUCUAACACCAUACAUUCAACUCCUAGGAAUCCCCCACCAAUGGGCUUCCUACAUCUGGCUCUGCGGUCCCGUCUCAGGCUUAAUCGUCCAACCCCUCGCCGGCCAUUACAGCGAUAACUGCACCUCUCGUUUCGGCCGCCGCCGCCCCUUCAUAACAUCCGCCGCCUUCCUAGUAACUCUCUCCGUCAUACUAAUCGGCUUCGCCGCCGACUUAGGCCGGAAAGCCGGUGAUACCCUCGGCUCCGGCGUCAAGCCGAGAGCGAUCGCGAUAUUCGUGGUGGGAUUUUGGGUUCUUGAUGUUGGAAACAAUCUGUUGAUGGCACCCUGUAGGGCGUUAUUGGGUGAUUUGUCUGAUGGAGAACAGAGAAGGGCUAGAAACGCAAACGCUGCGUUUUCUUUCUUUAUGGCGAUUGGUAGCGUUGCUGGUUAUGCUGCUGGAUCUUACUCGCGAUUGUAUAAGUUUUUACCUUUUACCAUGACUGAAGCUUGCGAUAUUUAUUGCGCCAAUCUCAAAACAUGCUUUCUUAUCUCCGCCACUCUUUUGAUUGGUUUUACCACCCUUGCCCUUUUUACCGUGCCGGAGAAACCAUUCUCAAGGGACAAAGAAGAAGAAGAAGGGAAGAAUGAAACAAGAGUAUCCUUCUUUAGUCAACUAUGGAUUGCGGUGAAGCUUUUUCCAAGAUCAAUGUGGGUCCUACUAAUGGUUGUGUCUCUGACGUCCCUAGGAUUGUUUGCGUUUAUAUUGUACGACACAGAUUGGAUGGGGAAAGAAGUGUUUGGUGGAAAAGUAGGAGAUGGAAAGCUUUAUGAUAGAGGUGUUCGCACCGGAUCACUUGGACUGAUGUUGAAUUCCGCCGUGGGAGGGGUGACGGCGCUGGCUAUUAUGUUCCUUGUUCGCGGCGGGAAGACAGCAAACCGUGUUUGGGGAUUGUCGAAUAUUCUUUUAGGUGUUUGUUUGGCAACCACUGUUCUUAUCACCAAGGAGGCGCAAUCUUAUCGCCGCCAUUCUCUUAGUAACGCCGCCUCUCCAUCUUCCGGCGUCAAGGCCAGCGCCUUGGCUUUGUUCGCCGUGUUAGGAUUACCUCAAACCAUAACAUUUACUGUACCGUUUGCUCUAGCAUCUAUUUUCUCAAGCUCUUGCGGUGCCGGACAAGGUCUAACAAUGGGAGUUCUCAAUAUUGCAGUGGUCAUUCCACAGCUGAUAGUAUCGGUAACAAGCGGGCCAUGGGAUGAGCUGUUCGGCGGGGGUAAUCUACCGUCAUUUGUUGUCGGAGCUAUUUCAGCUGUCAUCGCCGGUAUUCUCGCCCUCACUUUGCUACCAACUCCAAAGUCUACUGAUACAUCGACGAUUGAGAUUCGACACUAGACCAUGUCUUCGUUUAAACUGCAAUAUUUGUAUAUUUGAUUUCAACUUUAAUAAUAUAUAUAGGGUUACAUUUUUAUUUUUUAAAUAUUAAAACUUAUCAAUAAUAAUAUAUUAUGAAGAUUGUGAUAUAUUGUUAAUAUACAAUGGCUUUAUUACC